AUGGAUUUGAACUCAAUUUUGAAGGGCAUGAUACAGUCAUUAGAUAGUAGUAAUGAAUCUAUCGAAAAGCUUAUAAACAAUAAAGAUGAAGAUACUUCUAAAUUCAUACAAGACUUAUUAAAUAAUUCGGAGAAUAAGUUAGAAAAUGUUUCAUUAUUAGAUUUAAAGAAUAACUCAAUUUUAUCAUAUAUUAAUAAUUUAACACUUAUCAUAUUAAGCCAAAUACAAAGAAUCGAAGGCGAUGAACAAGUUGAUGAUGUAAGAGAAAAAGCUAUCGAGAAUAGUAUCAUUCAAAGAAUUACGUUAGAAAAAGGUAUCAAGCCAUUGGAGAAGAAAUUGAACUAUCAAUUAGAGAAGAUGAUUAGAAGUUAUAACAAGAUGGAAACAGACUUCAACAAUUCUGAACAAAAACAACAAGUGAAUGCCGCCAAGAAUAGUGACGACGAAGAAAAUAAUGACGAUAGUGAAAGUGAAAGUGAAAGUGAAGAUGAAUUAUCUUAUAAACCAGAUGCAUCAUCAUUAAUGAAGAAACCAAUGAGCUCUUCUAAUGACAGUUAUAAACCUCCAAAAAUAUCCGCCAUGGCACCACCAACCAAUAAUUCAAGUGAUGGUAAGUCCACUAAAAAAUUACAAAGUAUGGAAGAAUAUCUUAAAGAAAACAGUGAUUUACCAAUGGAAGAAAAAUCUAUUGGUGUUAAUAUUGUUAAUCACGGUAGAGGUGGGGUCAAAACAUCAAGGGAUAGAGAAAAAGAAAAAGAAAUCCAAACAUAUGAAGAAGAGAAUUUUACUAGAUUACCAACAGUUCAAACUAAGAAAGAUAAAUAUCAAAAGAAAAGAGAAUUACAAAAUACUUUUGCUGGAGAAGAUUUUUCAAUUUUCAAUAAUAAUAGGAACAUUAAUGAAAGUACUAGUAGAAAAAGGAAAAAUGGAAGUGUCUGGGAUAAAGUUAAGAGAAGAAAAUAA